AUGUCUUAUGAAGGAGAUUAUAGUGUGAAGAAGAUUUAUGAGUUGCAGUUGGAGGAAGUUGAAAAUUACACUUUUCAGAAGUUCUUAUGGAGAAAGAAUGUUCAUGCUAAGGUAAGUCUUCUUUUAUGGGCUUAUAUGCAUAAUUCUAUACCAACUUUAGCUAUGCUAAGGUACAUGGGAGUUGAACCUGCUUCAGAUAGAUGUCAUUUCUGUCAGAAUGUGGUAGAGGAAGCUGAUCAUAUUUUUGUUCACUGUGAGUAUGCUCAUGAGGUUUGGAUGCAUUUCAUGGAGGCUUUUAAAAUGAAUUGGGUUAUGCCUGAUACACUGCAAGGUCUUUUUGAGAUAUGGAGUCGGUGCAAUUUCAGAGGUAGAUGCAAGGAUGUUUGGGAGAAGACUCAUUAUGUCAUCAUUUGGCAUUUGUGGCAGCAAAGGAAUGAUAGAGCAUUUGGAGGAAGACACAAGCCUGUGUCUGAGUUAGUCUUGAUAAUUAUUAAGCGGGAUAUUGUCCUUUGGCUUCAUGAAAAGAAUACUUUUAGAUAA